CUUUUUGUUUCUUUCUCCGUGUUUCUAUUAUUCUCAUGAAACAAUGGAACCACAUGAACAAACUCACAGCGGCGACGGAGGAGGUGGAGGAGACUGUUCAGUUUCCGGAUUCGAUUCGGCUGAGAAAGUCAUCAUCCGAUGGGACGCAACGGCGUCAGAAGAAGCAAGAGAGAAGAUGAUAUUCAACGAUCCACAAGAAGUUAAGCUUUACCUCAACGCCGUCGAUGAAAUCCAAAAAUUUGUAUCUUCCGGUGGAGAAAUUGAGAAUCGAGCUAAUUCAGCUAUCCAGAUCGCUAUGGCUCGUCUCGAAGACGAGUUCCGGAAUAUUCUCGUUUCUCAUAGUUCUCCGAUCAACUCUGAUUCGUUAAUGUUGUCGUCUUCAUCUUCUUCUCAGCUUGAGGUUGAUGACGAUGGAAGUAGUAGUAAUAAUGGUAACGAAGAAGAUGAGCAAGAGGAAGAAGAAACGGAUCUUCUGAAACGAUCCGGUUCGAGUGCAAGUACCGGUUCAGCGGCGGUUCGAUUACCGACGGGGAGAGGUAGUUACAGUAGAUCCACCAGUAGUAUACGCGAGAUCGAGCUGAUUCCGAUCGAAUCGGUGGUGCAUCUGAGCUGGAUUGCUCGGCGAAUGGUCUCCGCCGGUUAUCUCCGUGAAUGUAUUCAAGUGUAUGGAAGCGUUCGCAAAUCCGCCGUUGAUUCGAGUUUCCGGCGGUUAGGGAUCGAGAAACUUAGCAUCGGAGAUGUUCAGAGGUUAAAUUGGGAAGCGCUUGAGCAGAAGAUCCGUCGUUGGAUCCGAGCUGCUAAGAUCUGUGUGAGAGUUGUCUUCGCGAGCGAGAAAUUGCUCUGUGAGCAUGUUUUUGAAAGCGUCGGAGCUGUCAACAUCCACGAAGCUUGUUUCAUGGAAACCGUCAAAGGUCCGGCGAUUCAGCUGUUUAACUUCGCGGAGGCUAUUAGUAUCAGCCGGAGAUCGCCGGAGAAGCUUUUCAAGAUCCUUGAUCUCCACGACGCUUUGAUUGAGCUAUUGCCGGAUAUCGAGUCGGUCUUCGAUCUGAAAUCUUCAGAUUCGAUUAGAGUUCAAGCGGCGGAGAUAUUAUCGAGAUUGGCGGAAGCGGCGAGAGGGAUAUUAUCGGAAUUCGAAAACGCCGUUCUUCGUGAACCUUCUAGAGUUCCAGUUCCUGGAGGUACGAUACAUCCAUUGACGAGGUACGUGAUGAACUACAUUAGCUUGAUCUCAGAGUAUAGACCAACGUUAAUCGACCUCAUAAUGUCGAAACCAUCGAGAAACUCAACGGAUUCAAACACUCCAGAUUUCGAUUUCUCGGAGUUAGAGAACAACAAAGGUCCAUUAGCACUUCAUUUGAUUUGGAUCAUAGUGAUCCUGCAAUUCAAUCUUGAAGGCAAAUCAAAGUACUAUAAAAACGCAGCUUUAUCGCAUCUCUUUAUCAUGAACAAUGCACAUUACAUUGUUCAGAAGAUUAAAGGAUCGCCGGAGUUACGGGAAAUGAUCGGUGAUCUUUACUUGAGAAAGCUAACGGGUAAGUUUAGGCAAGCCGCGACGUAUUACCAAAGAGCUGCUUGGGUUAAAGUCUUGUAUUGUUUAAGAGAUGAAGGGUUACAUACGAAAGGAAGUUUCUCAUCAGGUGUUUCGAGAAGUGCGUUGAGAGAGAGGUUUAAAUCUUUUAAUGCUUUGUUUGAGGAAGUUCAUAGGGUUCAAUCACAAUGGUUGGUUCCGGAUUCUCAGCUGAGGGAAGAGUUGAAGAUUUCGAUAUUGGAGAAGCUUAGUCCUGCUUACAGAUCGUUUCUUGGGCGGUUCAGGAGUCACAUAGAGAGCGGGAAACACCCGGAGAAUUACAUCAAGAUCUCAGUCGAAGAACUAGAGACAGAGGUUCUUGACUUGUUUGAGGGGUGUUCUGCAACUCAGCAUCUGAGAAGACGAUCCGAGUGAGAGAGAUAAGUAUUUAUUUUUUUCUUCUGAAGUUUUAGAGUUUUACGGAGACAGAUUCUUUGAAUUCUUUUCGCAAAUUCGGGUUCUUUGCGGGAGAGCCAAAAACCGAGCAAGAAAGAAAGAAGGAUUGAUGAUACGACUUUGAUUUUUAAGUUUUCAGAUUCAUGAGUUGUAAUGUUGUAUGAACUUAUAAUAUAUCUGUUUGGUUACU